AUGACAAUAUUGUGGAAAGAGAGUGGUGCGGCCCCAGCUCUAGAUAAGCUCGGAAACGUUGCUGUAAAAUUCAUGACUGGUGCCGACUUGAACCAGAAAGAGCUUAAAGUUAUCGGUACGGUCGAUGCCAUAGUCGGACAAUUGAAAUGGGUUAUUCCCGUUGUUGCGCCAGCUGGAAAGAUCUAUUUUAUCCGCUUCGAAGCCGGACAAAAUCAAUACUUUACUACUCGCUUCAUAAUCACCGACGUCAAUGGCCAAUACCCACCGCCUCCUAACCCACCACCACCUGUAGGUAAAAAUCAGGGUGGUGAUGGAACCAUUGUCUCUGACGCUCCAAGUGCUGGUGGCACCUGCGAAAAAGGGAAACUCUCCAGGGACGUUGAACAGGCCAUAAAGAAAAUGCGCGCCCUUCCCCUCCCUCUAAAGAAAGAACUAGCGUAA